CAAGCGCGAUUUACGACAAGCAUUAAAGCAGUUAAAUUAAUUACGAUAAUUCAGAUAAAAGUACAGUUUCAAACAUAUCACAUAUUAAAUUCUCCAGAAGGUUCCUGUGUGCUUAUAAAGUGCUAAAAAUGUUUUUUGCGGACUCACCUACCGGUGAUUUCAUCAUCAUAGUUAUAACUCUAUCAGUUAUAAUUGUCAGUGUAUACAACUGGUUUUAUCUACAUUGGAACCGAAGAAAUGUACCCUGCCUGCAAACAGAUUUUUCUAGUUUGAACGAACACCUUGGCAUCAAAUUCAAACAUGUCUAUAAUCUAAUGAAACAAAACCAAUGGAAACAUGGAGGAGUUUUUAUCCAAGUGACACCAAUUUACGUUGUCAGGGAUCUACAUCUACUCAAAAACAUCAUGACUAAAGAUUUCCAAUACUUUCCACACCGUGGACUGUACUACAACGAAAAAGACGAUCCUCUGAGUUGCCACAUUUUCAACACCAGUGGCCCAAAAUGGCGUCGUAUGAGAACAAACCUCAGUCAGAUCUUCACUCCCGGCAAACUAAAAUCAAUAUUUCCGCUUCUUCUAAGCUGUAAAGAAAUUCUGAUCAAAAAGAUUGAAACUGAAAUAAACAGAAAAAUACCCUUUGAAGCUAAAACAAUUGCGGAUAGUUUCAUUGGUGAUGUUAUCGAGUCCUGCGUUUUUGGUCUAGACUGGCAAAAUUUUUCCGAGCAAUCACCCAUACAACAAUUCGGGAGAAAAAUUUUCAGGCGAUCACGUACCAGAAGAGUGAAGGGUUUCAUAGUUGACAAUUUUCCAAAACUUGGAAGAAUUUUAAACAUUGCUUUGAUACCAAAAGACGCAUCUACGUUCUUUCUGAAGAUAGUUGAAGAGGCAAUCGAUUACAGGAAAAAGCAACACAUUGUAAGACACGACUUUCUUCAAGUACUCACCGAACUGAGAAACGAAGAUGGAAGCUAUUUGAAAAUUGAAGAAAUAGCAGCUCAGUGUUUUAUUUUCUUUCUGGCAGGGAUGUCCACGUCACCGACUGCCAUCAGUUUUGCUCUGUACGAGCUUGCGAAAAACGAAGAUAUACAAGAGAGUGUUCGAGAAGAGGUCGGAAAAGUUUUGGAGAAGUACCAAAACGUGAUUACGUAUGAGGCCAUCCAAGAAAUGAAAUAUUUAGAGCAAGUGUUAGAUGAAACUUUAAGAAAGUACCCGCCGGCAGCAUAUUUAAAUCGGAAGUGUGUAAAAGACUACAAAGUUUUUGGUACUGAUGUGGUGAUUGAGAAAGGUACUACAGUUGUGAUUCCGGUUCUUGGUAUUCACCAUAAUGAGGAAUUUUAUCCUGAGCCUGAGAAAUUUGAUCCUGAACGUUUUAAUGACACAAAUAAGGGUUUAAGAGAAAGUUAUGCGUUUAUUCCGUUUGGAGAAGGACCUAGAAUUUGUAUAGGUAUGCGUUUUGGGCAGAUACAAUCAAAAUUGGCAUUAAUUUCUUUGUUAAGAAAUUUUAAGUUUACUAUUAAUAACAGAACACAAGAACCUUUGAAGAUGAAAAAAAGUACUUUAGUACUGACUGCGGAAAGUGGAAUUUGGUUGAAUGCCAAUAAAUUGUAUCUAAAGAAUUGCUUUGCACAUAAGAGGGUAAUCAAAUUUUUUGACAACAACGGCCCUGCACUUAGUUUGCAUUUGUCCUAAUUAUAUUAUUUUGUAUAUUAGCCAUACCUAAUAUUGGGAUUAGAUGGUUUCCUGGUGUAUUUAAAAUAAAAAGGGUGAAAUUUUGACAAAUGGAACCAUAUUUAAAGAAAUAACAUUUAUACCAGCACCUUGGUCUAAACUUAUGAGCGUUCGUUUGUUAAUAACAUCAACGCAAAUACAUAAGAGAGAUUUGGAUCUCCCAUAAUUGCCCAUUUGGGGUGAAACGGUUCUACAAGUUGCAACGAAGCGAAUUUUCGCGGACCGGAAACUGCGACAAGUACCGAGAACCAGGGGUAAAUCCGCGAUUGUCCCGCCAACGUGGCCAGAAAACGGGAAUUCUUUUUCGAACCUUCACUUAGCUUGGAAGUGUUCUGCCCCGUGCUGUGGCGGUGGAAGCGGAAAUGUCUUUUUGGAAGUGAAAACCGACCACCGCAGCGUAAAUACCGUUUUCCGGUAAUCGUUUAUUAAUGCAUGCUUUUAGGCAACCAGAUAUACCCCUCCCUAUCUGAAAUAUUAUAUUUCUAAAUGUCAAAAAUUUACUGAAUCAAUUCAAAAUGGACAAUUAAUUGUAUAGAAAUGGAUUCUUUAACGCCUCCUUCACUAAAUUUACUUCCCGGAUAAGGCAAUGGGCUUUACCAAAAACCUAUGAUGAGUUUGUUGUAUGGCGCGCCGGAAAGCAGGUGGUAAGUUGUAUUUUUGCAUCCUUCUCCGAAAUUUCCCAAAAAGCAAGCUUGUGGCCAAAGUAUUCUAUGCUUCCGUCCACUUUAAGCAUUCAUCAUGAUUUGGAGAUAUCCAAAUUUAAUAAACCACGGUGGUAGAAGUAAGGUGUGGAAACCUCAUUCAUAACUUUCCUCAAAAUCAUUGGUAGAAAACACAAAUCGCGUGGUUUGGACUAUAUGUCAUUAGCUGUCCACACCACAGCGACGUCUAGAGAGAUCAGUUGAAAUUAAGUAAUAGAAAACUGCAUUAAAUCUUUGACAUUUAUGCCAAUGUCAUUUAUUACCCAAUCCCAAAUGUCGAAUCAUCCACCAAUCACACGAUUCACACCAAAGACCAACCACAAACCGUAGUGCUGUGAUUUAUUUUCCCUCCAACGAAUCUGUCACUUAAUUCAUUCAUAAAUACACUGACAAGUUGAAAUGUUAAUACAUAGAUGGACAUACUGUGCUGCAUACUAUUUCGUAGUAAAUAAGCCUACUGGGAUGCGUGUUUUAUUCAAUAAAUUGGAGCGGCUUGUUUCCACACCUUACUUCUACCACCGUGUAAUAAACUAAUAGGAGUAAUAUUUACAGUAAACUCACUUGACAUACACCUUGUAAAAUUUUUAUGACUUGAGCGGCUUAAGCCAAACCACCCUUAUGAGUCAAACUGGCUAUUGUAAGCUUUAUGGUCCCGAACCGCAAGGAUUAUCCAUUGUUGCCAUAAUGGAGCUGUGAAGUGAGUAAGUUAUACAACAGCCAGUUUGACUUAUAAGGGUGCUUUAGCUUAAGCCGCUUAAGUCAUAAAAGUUUUAAAAGGUGUACAUCAAAUAAGUUUACUGUAUUAAAAAACAUGUUCACUUAUGUGUUUGGUUGCAUAACUCAUAUUUUGAAUUUUCAGUAAUUUAAUAAAAUUGCGAUUACCGGAAAAGUAUUGUAAACUAACUCGACUGUUAAUUGGCGAUUAAUAAUCUCAAAUAUUAACGCGCAAGGAACGAGCUCGCUAAAAUAUUUCGAUUAUUAAUCGCCUUUAUUAACAAACUUUUUGGUUAAAUAGUGUAACGAUUUUUAAAUCUAAGCGCGCUCGGUGAGCAAGGUAUCGGAAGAGUGGAGUCGGUUUUUACGGGCGGCGAGAAAAAGAGGAGGUGAAGAGCGUUUUUUGAGCGAAUUGAAAUGCGGUGAAAAGCGAGAUUUUGGCAAAAUAAGGAACCAAUAACAGCUAGGUGAGUGCCUAUUUGGCCUAGAAUAUUUAAAUAACAGGAGGAACUAGGUUCUAUGUACGGGUGGCGUCGAUUCGUGAUUGGUUGCCGUCUCCGUCUUCACUGUCCCAUACCCAUCGAUUCGUGGUUGGUUGCCGUCUCCAUCGUUGCUGUCCCAUACUAUGGUAACAUCUCCUAGGGGAGCUUUGAACAAAAGAGGAUCGCUCCGAAGUACUUCACCAGGAAAGAGCUUAUGUAAAUUUGCGGAAAGUAGCAUGUAAGAUCGUAAAAUAAGUCUGUAGUCCGUUCGUCAAUUCCCCUUCCUUGUUGGGUUAACUACCCAGCUGGCGCCGAAAGGACCCCCCAACAAAAAAGGCCGGAGAACGUCAAAAUCGCCACAAUAGCUAUUUGGGUUUUCCUGCCUAUUUGCAGACCAUUUUUUUAAUCGCCGCCGCCGUUGAGCACAUUGCGUUUUCCGCCGCCGCGCUCCCCUCCCGGGUCGCCAUACCAACCCGGCGCGAUUUCCCGUUCUAGGGUCGCCGCCCCUAGCGCCAGGAGGAGCCCGUCUCGAAGGAAGUUGACGUCCAGGAGGGAAUGACCGUGCCGGACAUUUUGUUCCUUUUUUUCUUGUUUUGGUAAAACCGUAUUUUUUUUUAAGAUUAACGUAAGAUUAUUUUAGCCGUGUAGCUGGUGGCAAGGAAUAAAAUCCCGAUUGUUGUUAGUAAAAUUCCUCCGUUUUACUUCUUGUUUCCGCGGGCGCUCACCAGACCACUAGGAGAACUGUGACUCCGGCUUUAGAGCCAUCCCGGUGCCCGAGUACCACCGCUCCUGACUGAAGGCGCCUCCCACCUGUUACUUUCUCAGCGGCUUGGCACACCACCCCCAUACGAUAUCGGCGAAAUUCCAGACCGUCACCGGGAGUUUCGUGGCACAAUCGUCGCAGCCGAUAUGGAGAUGGACCUGGAGGAGUUGGUCACGUCUCUCCCGACCGUCAUCAAUGAGAUCGUAGACACCGUCGUCGUAUCGACCUCUACCGCCUCCAUAUCGACGCCGACGUUUGGGUACGUGGUGGCGAAGUCGGCUGCAGCGAUUUUGGUGACCUGGAACUUUUCGCUAACCAGGCCUGUCAUCCCACGCCCGUAAUUUCGCGUCCGGUGAUGCCAGCGCCGUUCCCAUGGCCAGCCUCCACCAGCGCUACGCCCCAUUGUAACUUGUUCGUCCCGCCUCUGGUGAGGUCCUCAACAGCCGAAUCGACGAGCCAAGUACGUAGAUGUAUAUAUAUAGUACAGGAACCCGCCCCGUCUUUGACUGUCGCCCCAACCGACAGCUACGAGACCAAUCGCGCCGUCUCCGAUUCACGAAUUUCAACCGCCACCGCCCAAGCGUCCGCCUCUCGUGCAGCCACUUGCACCGACACCACCCUACUUGAAUCGGGACACGGUCCAGGCGUGCUAUGUACGCCCACGGGACACCCGUUGGGAAGCCCUAGACCUGGAGCGCAACAACCGUGUCCUUUUUUUUGCCGACGAAAGAGGGGAAUAAUUUUUUUGCGCCAUAACUUCAAUCAUCAUCAUCCAGAUAUCAUUGCAAAAAAAUAAGACUUUAUUAACGCAAAUUAAAUUAACAAAUUUUCUAACUGUUCUAAUUCAUACGAUGGAUUAUCUGAGUUAAAUGAGUUUUCUUAAAUGCUUCAGUUUCUUUGGUUGCCGGAAUCAUCAGUUGGUAUCUGAAUUUUCAGUCGAACUAUGGUCCUCGGAUCUUUUAAUAGGUGGCAAUAGGGACUUAAAGACUUCGGCUUGUUCUUCACCAUGAAACUUUAAAAUACAUUUUUCCUACAUAUAAUCCUCUUGUAACUGUAAAGUAACCAUCGCCUUCAUCAUGCUGCAACUUAUUAUUUCCUCGCAUGGGACGAUCAGAUAUCUCUUGCGAUCACAGUGUAGUUCAACGUGAAAUUCAAUUUCAAUUUUCACAAGGGUUACAGUCCCAUUACGAGUAUAUAUUUUGCAGAAAUUUGCAUUACUUAAUCAUAGAUGCUUCAGGUGACGGUCCGGAAUUUCACAGAUAUCGCAUGAGGGUGGAAGCCUCAGUGCCCAGUCCUGGGCCGACUAAUGCCGCUGAAAAGAAACACGUCUGGGCGGCCUAGGCUAUGAGAUCACCUUCACACCAUAUAAUGAAUGCAUUUUUGAAUAGAGCUUCUUUUUCUGAAUUCAUUGAUAUUUUGUAUAGAAUAAUUUAUAACUUUGUGUUAAGUUUAAAAUAUUUUAUUAUAUUUUUCAUUUCUUAUUAUCUAGAUGUACCUCUGUAAAUUGUGUAAUUGUAAUAACACUGUAUCUACGUAUGAC